AAUCUUCUGCAAUCAUGUCUGAUGUCAAACCAGUACCAAGAACAGCGCAUUUGAUAUCACUUAUUUUAGCUUCAAAAGGUAUAAAUGAUGCUCCUCCAGCUACGAUACAUAUGUUAUUAGAUUUCGCGAACAGAUACACGCACGAAGUACUCUCAGAUUCAUUGGUAUACUCAGAAUAUGCUGGAAGGAAUGGAUACAAUGGCGUUGAACUUGGGGAUGUUGAAAUGGCUAUUUCAGUGAAAGCCAACCACCAAUUUUCAUUAGCACCACCAAAAGAGUACCUCUUAGAGCUCUCACAGACACUCAACUCAAGACCGUUACCACCACUACCAGAAUCAUACGGUCCUAGAAUGCCUGCGCCAAGGCACAGAUUAACAGCACCUAAUUUCUCACUCAUAC